GACGACAAAAGGCUCGAUAGACGCGUAUGAGCAGUGAUAUUCGCGCCUGGAACUCACACGAUGAUGGUACUGACGGUCGCAUCAUAGCUAUGAUGGUGACGGCUUUGUCCGUCUCAGAAAUACGCAAUGGAACCCUUCCAAGUGCGCCUCAACUGCGUGGAUCACUAUCAGGCGGACCCUUCGGAGUUCGACCCUCCCCUGCCUUACAGGGAUCCGGCUUCGGGCAAAAAUGAUAGAGUCAAAGUCCCCAUAAUCCGGGUAUUCGGCGCAACAGAGACCGGCCAGAAGGUGUGUGUUCAUGUUCAUGGCGCAUAUCCUUAUCUCUAUGUAGAGUAUCAAGGCGAGCUCGAUGAAGAGAAAGUGAGUGCUGCGUCUAGACAUCUUUACCUCUCCGUCGACCGCGCGCUAGCGGUGAGUUAUAACCGUAACCCUAACGACAAGAAAUUCGCCUUCGUCGCGCAUAUCACCUUGGUCAAAGGUGUGCCUUUCUAUGGCUACCAUGUGGGCUAUAAGUUUUACUUCAAAGUUUACUUGACGAAUCCAAGCUACAUGACUCGACUGGCAGAUUUGUUGCUCCAGGGUGCUGUGUUGAAACGACCGGUCCAGCCUUACGAGAGUCACUUGCAGUACAUCCCUCAAUGGAUGUGCGAUUACAGUCUGUACGGGUGCGCUUAUAUGAAGUGUCGCAAUGUUAAAUUCCGGAUGCCAGUGCCGGACUAUCUUGAGCUCACAAAUUUGUCUCAUCGCUGGCAUGAUCACUCCAUAAGUCCGGAAGACUUGUCAGAUCCGUCAGUCCUCCCUAAGCAGAGCUACUGCCCGCUGGAAGUCGAUAUCUGUGUUCAGGAUAUCAUGAACCGCUCCGACAUCACAGAAAGGUCUAUCCAUCACGACUUUACCGAGUACUUGAAGCCGAUGGCUUCCGAUCAGCGACUAGUUCCAAGUAUGGCAGGUCUAUGGCAAGAUGAAGAGCGCAGGCGGAAGAAACGUCUUGGACUCGAGCCAGGCAGCAGUCCUUUUGUCGCUGAGGAGCUAGUCUCUCUGUCGGCGGAUCCCAGGAAUACCUCGCAAGGCGGCUGGAUUCACGAGGAAGAGUACCGCGAGAUGGCAAUGCGCACGAUUGAGGAAGAAAGGAGCCACUACAAUGGCGGUGACGUUAGUUACGAUAGUUUUCUGACCGAGAACCCCCUCGCAAAGAAUGUAAAGACCGCGCUCCAGGGCAUUGAGGAUUUCUAUCCCGGCAAGGAAGCGCUCACCAAAAUCGAACUGAGUAAUGACAACGACUUGCAACCUCUGGAGGAGCCAGAAAUCAGUAUGGAUGAGGAGGGAUUUGUAUCUGUCGGCUCAGACAAGGAAUCGUAUAAAUCAGAAGAGGAUGAUGUCUCCAGCAUCUUUCCUGGCGAGAUACAUACCGAAGAAGAGGUUGACUCGGUGGACGAUAUUUGGGACAAUGGCUUGUUUGACGUCGCUUCCCGCAGCAUCUUCGAUCCUGAACACGAAGCUAGAACUCCUGAUCUAGCUGAUGAUCCUGACUUCCAGGCAAAGUUACUUGAAUUGAGAUCACUUGAUCUUUCUGAACAUACCCUACUGGAGCAUGCCCAUGCCUCGAAAUUCGGGGAAGGGCUUUCUAAUGGCAGUACCCCAAGAAGCAAACGAUUCUCGGAUCCCACUCCUAGCCGCGAACGUCCGACAAAACGUCAGCGAUUCUUCGACGAUACUCUUUCGCAGCAACUGGAAAGUCCGACCAGACGGGCCUUGAGGCAACAGGCCGCUCAAUUCACGACCGACAGUUCUGAUACUGAAGACAUGCUAGAUGAGCUCUAUGAAUUCGUGGAUAAACUGCCCUCGCAGGAACAAUCAUCCCAAUCAACUAUCCGCCCCAGCAAGGCGCAGAGCAGGAGGAUAAGUUUCCCUGUUGUCAAAGAUCCAAAUGACCCUAUGACAGUUCUGCGAUUCAGUCAAGACGGCAGCCUUCCAUCCAAAGAAUCCAAGGAGCAAGAAGGGCCUGAUGUGCUUGGUUUCAAUGCGAAAAGUUCCAUGGAGAUCAGCUUCGAUGAUUCGUCGUCCCAACUACGGUCCUCGAUGACUGAGACUAGGUCUGAUAAUUCCAAAACUCAUUCGAAUACCAUGGCUUCGGAAUUACUCGGCAGCAUAUAUGACAACUUUGCCAUUUCCAAGCAAUCGCGUAUUGCCUUAUGGCGAAGAGCCUGUCCCAGCCCUAACGAAGUGUCCUCGACUCUUGCUCAUGUCGGAUAUCCAUCUACCAUUUACCAGAAAGCUCAUUACAGCAACGAGGGCGAUGUUCCUGAUCGGCCAAGGGACUAUGCAGGCAGAGAAUUCCAUUUGGUGGGGACUGGUAUCCACUAUCUUCCUGCAUUUGAUCCUCUGGGGCGCUCUGAAGCAAUGUUGGGCGAUGACCAUGUUGUGCCAAAAGACAAACGCACCCAAGAGAAGGCCGAUCGACUGCUGCGUGAAUCGUGUACCCUACGGGAAUGGGAGUUUGCCCCUGUGCCUCCCAGUCGCCUCGAGGUCGUAGAGUGGUUUGAGAAAAUUCAAGAAGAGGCCAAGAAAGAUUCAGCGAGUCGGCAAGCUUUGCCACGCGACCGACUUCAGCCCAACGUCAUGUCGCAAAUCGAAGGUCCUACCCAGAAGAAUAAUUACGGAUUCAAAUAUUCUCAGAAAAGCAAAUCCACAAGCGUGGAACAUCAGACUCAGUAUAUGAGUAUGAUGAGUCUGGAGGUGCACGUGAACACACGCGGAGCGCUGGCACCAAAUCCCGAAGAAGAUGAGAUCAGUUGUGUUUUCUGGUGUCUGAACUCGGGCGACGAAGACGUUGACGCCAACGGAACAUUGCCCGGUGUCCAUGUGGGCAUAAUCUCUCAGAGCGAGGCGGACAGGCCGGAUGCGAAGCUUUCCAAGGCACUGAGGGUUGAAUGGGACCAUGAGACAUCGGAACUUGAAUUGAUCAAUCGAGUCGUGGACAUUGUCCGCCAUCAUGAUCCGGACCUCAUUACCGGCUACGAGGUCCACAACAGCUCAUGGGGCUAUAUCAUUGAGCGAGCCAGGAAGAAAUACGACUUCGACAUCUGCGACGAGCUGUCCCGUGUAAUUUCACAAGCCCAUGGCAGAUUUGGCAAAGAUGCUGACCGAUGGGGUUUCAACCACACUUCCUCAAUCCGAGUUACUGGGAGACACAUGAUCAACAUAUGGCGAGCCAUGAGGAGCGAGCUGAACCUACUGCAGUACACUAUGGAAAACGUUGCUUUUCACCUGCUGCACCGCCGCAUCCCACACUACUCUUUCCGUGAUCUCACUGCAUGGUAUCAGAGCGGGAAACCGCGGGACUUGAUGAAAGUCGUCGACUACUUCCUCUCGCGCGUCCAGAUGGAUCUUGAAAUCCUGGACUCUAACGAACUCAUCGCAAGGACCAGCGAACAAGCCCGGCUUCUCGGCAUUGACUUUUUCUCUGUCUUCUCGCGAGGCUCGCAAUUCAAGGUUGAGUCUCUCAUGUUCCGCAUUGCAAAGGCAGAGAACUUCAUGCUUGUUUCGCCAAGUCGAAAGCAGGUCGGCCAACAGAAUGCUCUCGAAUGCCUGCCUUUGGUCAUGGAACCACAGAGUGAUUUCUACACUAGCCCUCUCAUCGUACUCGACUUCCAGUCGCUAUAUCCCAGUAUCAUGAUCGCAUACAAUUACUGCUAUUCCACGUUCCUCGGGCGGGCGCGGCAGUGGCGAGGCCGCAACAAGAUGGGGUUCAUGGACUAUGACCGCCAGCCACAGCUGCUUGAGCUCCUCAAGGACAAGAUCAACAUUGCUCCCAACGGCAUGAUUUAUGCCAAACCUGAAGUGCGCAAGUCUCUCCUCGCGCGCAUGCUCGCUGAGAUCUUGGAGACGCGUGUGAUGGUUAAGACAGGCAUGAAGGCGGACAAGGACGAUAAGACGCUGCAACGACUGCUCAACAACCGACAACUGGCCCUCAAACUCAUCGCCAAUGUCACCUACGGCUACACCUCGGCGUCCUUUUCAGGGCGGAUGCCGUGUUCUGAGAUCGCGGAUAGCAUCGUACAAUCUGGUCGCGAGACGCUCGAAAAAGCCAUCGCCUUCAUCCACUCGGUUGAGCGCUGGGGCGCGGAGGUCGUCUACGGCGACACCGACAGUCUCUUUGUCUACCUGAAGGGCCGGACCCGGGACCAAGCCUUCACGAUCGGUGAAGAGAUCGCGCAAGCCGUGACAAAGAUCAACCCGCACCCGGUGAAGCUCAAGUUCGAAAAAGUCUACCACCCGUGCGUGCUGCUGGCUAAGAAACGGUACGUCGGCUUCAAGUACGAGCACCGCAAUCAGACGGAGCCCGAUUUCGACGCCAAGGGCAUCGAAACCGUUCGCCGCGACGGCACACCCGCUGAGCAGAAGAUUGAAGAAAAAGCCUUGAAGCUCCUCUUCCGCACCGCCGACCUCAGCCAGGUGAAAGCCUACUUCCAGUCUCAAUGCACCAAGAUCAUGCAAGGCCGGGUCUCCGUUCAAGAUUUCUGUUUCGCACGCGAGGUCAAACUCGGCACUUACAGCGACCGCGGCCUCCCGCCGCCCGGCGCUUUGAUAAGUGCCCGCAAGAUGGCCGACGACCCCCGCGCUGAACCACAGUACGGCGAACGCGUCCCCUACGUCGUGGUCACCGGCGCCCCCGGCAGUCGCCUCAUCGACCGCUGCGUCAGUCCAGAGACCCUCCUCCACGACGCCACCCUCGACCUCGACGCCGACUACUACAUCACCAAGAACCUGAUCCCCCCGCUCGAGCGCAUCUUCAACCUCGUCGGCGCCAAUGUCCGCCAAUGGUACGACGAGAUGCCCAAAGUGCAGCGCAUCCGCCGCCUCCCUGAAGUGCUGCACCUCCCUGGCAGCAGCAGCAACAACAACAACAACAACAACAACAACAACAACAACCCUACCGCCCUGACCACCUCCACUACCACCACAACCCGAACCGGACUCCGCAAAACCCUUGAAUCCUACCUCAAAUCCUCCACCUGCCUGGUCUGCAAGUCCCGACUCGAGGACCCCGGAGCGGCAGCCUCCUCCCCCCCGCUCUGCGCCGACUGUCUCCGCCAGCCGCACCUUCCCUUAUUCGACCUGGUCGGCCGGCAGCGCCAGGCGGAGAAGAAAGUCGUGGAGCUCGAGCGCCUCUGCCGGUCUUGCAUGGGCGUUCCAUUCGGCGAGGAGGUCCGCUGCGAUAGUAAGGAUUGUCCCGUGUUCUAUUCGCGGACGAGAGCCAUGGCUAGUUGGCGACAUACCAAGGCGGCGUUGGAUCCGGUGAUUCGACUGCUUCAGGAUACCACGCAAAGUGCUUUGGAAUGGUAG